UAACCGGGUUUGACCCUGUAACUGUGUUCUUGUUGGAGUGAAUCAUGUCUUUACCGAGUAGAAGGAGCUCCAUUGCGACAUUUCUUGUGAUCCUGCUACUGGAUUGUUACUGGGAGGCGGCGUCCGGGCAGCUCUCGUAUUCCGUCUCAGAGGAGGUAAACCCGGGGACGUCUGUUGGAAAUAUCGCAAAGGAUCUAAACCUCAGUGUUCAGGAUUUGGAGACUCGUAUGUUUCAGAUUGUAACCGGAUCGAAGGGGAAAUAUUUCGAGGUAAAUCCAAAGACUGGCGUCCUCUACGUCAGUGAGAGAAUAGACAGAGAGGAGCUGUGCUCGAAGGUUGCAAAAUGUAUUGUAAACGUAGAGGCUGUAAUCAAUGACCCCUUAAAUGUUUACCGGUUAAAAAUCAAUAUAUUGGAUAUAAAUGAUAACGCACCCUUUUUCUCCGAGAAUUUACAAUCGCUUAAUAUCCCUGAAAGUAAUUCACCAGGUAUGAAAUUUGGAUUGAUAGAGGCAUCGGAUUUGGAUGUGGGCAAGAACAAUGUCAAUACAUACAAGCUCAGCUCCAAUGAAUAUUUUUCUUUGGAAAUUCAUAAAGCGGGUGAGAGUGUGUCUGCUGAGCUGCUGCUGCAGAAAGCUUUAGACCGAGAGAAGCAGCCUGUUAUAAAACUAACACUCACUGCACUAGAUGGAGGAAAUCCUCCGAAAUCUGGCACCUCUCAUAUCAUUGUUAACGUUUUAGAUAACAAUGACAAUGCUCCGGUAUUCAGCAGCUCUUUAUACAAAACCCAAGUUGUGGAGAAUUUGGCCAUAGGGACAACAGUGAUUGUUCUGAGUGCACAAGACGCAGACGAGGGGUUAAAUAGUGAAAUAGAAUACUCUUUAAGAAGUAAAGGUCAGGAUCACAUAUUAGAUUUAUUUCAAAUUGAUCCUAAAACUGGGGCGAUUACCAUCAAGGGUAAGAUAGACUUUGAGGAAAGCCCCGCAUUUGAGAUCCAUGCACAGGCUAGUGACAAGGGUAACCCCCCUAUGUCUGCUCAUUGUAAAGUGCUGGUAGAGGUGGUGGACGUUAAUGACAAUGCCCCUGAGAUAUCUGUGACGUCACUCCUCAGCACCGUAAAGGAGGAUGCGAGGAUAGGCACUGCAAUCGCCCUUGUCUCAGUGAUUGAUAAAGAUGGAGGUAAAAAUGGUGUUGUAAGCGCUAACAUAGAGAAUGAAGCUCCUUUUAAACUAGAAACAAACUACGAAAAUUAUUAUUCAUUAGUGGUUAAUGGGCGUCUCGACAGAGAGAGCAUUGCACGGUACAAUGUGACUAUCGUAGCAGCGGAUGAGGGGAUCUCACCUCUUUCCAGCACCAGCGUUGUUACUGUGUACGUUUCUGAUGUCAAUGACAACGCGCCUCGUUUCCACGAAUCUGUUAUUAAUAUUUAUGUAAAAGAGAACAGUCCAGUUGGUGAAACUCUUAAAACAGUCUCUGCAGUUGAUGCUGACGUAAAUGAAAAUGGACAAGUGACCUAUUCAUUUUUAGACAACAAUAGUAAAUCAGCACCAUUGUCUACAAUGAUAAAUAUCAACUCAGAGACUGGAGAUAUAGUCAGCCUGCAGUCUUUUAACUAUGAGGAGAUGAAAACGUUCCAGUUUAAAGUUCAGGCCACAGACUCUGGUGCUCCUCCACUCAGCAGUAAUGUGACUGUGAACGUGUUUAUCCUGGAUGAGAAUGACAACAGUCCCGGGAUUCUCGCUCCCUAUUCUGAACACGGCUCCGUUAACAGUGAGAACGUCCCCUAUUCUGCUGAAGCGGGUUACUUUGUGGCCAAAAUCAGGGCUGUAGACGCAGACUCUGGAUAUAAUGCACUGCUUUCUUAUCACAUCUCUGAGCCCAAGGGGAACAGCCUGUUCCGAAUCGGAACCAGCACCGGGGAAAUCAGGACUAAGAGGCGAAUGAGUGACAAUGACCUGAAAACUCACCCGUUGGUGGUGUUGGUUUCUGAUAACGGAGAGCCCUCCCUGUCAGCUACUGUGUCUAUUGAUGUGGUGGUGGUUGAAAGCACAGGUGACAUGCAGACUCCGUUCAGACACGUACCCAUAAAGGAGGAGAGCUUCUCUGAUCUAAACUUGUAUUUGCUGAUCUCCAUCGUGUCAGUGUCAGUGGUGUUUCUACUGAGCCUCAUCAGUUUAAUAGCGGUGAAAUGCCACAGGACAGACGGCAGUUUCAGCAGGUACAGCGCCCCAAUGAUCACCAGCCACCCUGACGGGAGCUGGUCUUACUCUAAAGCUACUCAGCAGUAUGACGUGUGUUUCAGCUCAGACACGCUGAAGAGUGACGUAGUAGUUUUCCCUGCGCCGUUUCCGUCUGCUGAUGCGGAGCUGAUCAGUAUUAAUGGAGGAGACACUUUUAACAGGACUCAAACUUUACCCACCAAAGACAAGGUAAGAGAACGAUACUAA